CAGCACUGGACUGGACGCUGAUAAAGAGUAUAUGACCGGCGUAAUGUAGAUAUUUAUCAUUUCUUCGACGGAAUCAAGAUAUGUUUCUUGAAAUAUUAGGUUUAUUCAAGUAAUUCCUUCAAUAUAUAUUAAAAAGCAACCAACGCGGCGCGUCUCGGAUCUAACCUCAAACUGCUCUGUAAACAGUAGACUGCUUUUAUUAAAGUUUAAGGAUAACGUGAAAUCAAGAUUAUAUUUGUGGAGAAAAUUUUCGGCUUUAAAGAUAUUUAAAAUGAGUGACACUUGGUUUGAAAUCACGCAAGUCAUCAAGGAAAAUCGCCACGAGUUGGUUCUCUCGGGUCCAGAUGUAUCCGAAAAAAUAUUACAAAAUGGCCUUGAUCCAGCACUUUUUAAGUUAGAUGGAAUCAACUAUUUGAAUAUCAAUCAUACAUGUCUUGAAGAUGUUCCGGAUCAAAUAGGAGAUUUACAAAAUUUAACUAAUCUUGUACUUCACUCAAAUGCAAUAAGAAAGCUACCGAAAACUAUUGAUAAAUUCAACAAAUUAAAAGUUCUUGAUUGUUCAAGAAAUAAAUUGGAUGAAUCCCCAGAUGGGUUGGAAAAUUUGCCACAGCUGAUGAGUUUGAAUCUUGGCUCGAAUCUGCUGAGCCAUGUGCCAUCACAAGUUUCUAAUACUAAGCUAUGUACCAUAGACUUAUCUCACAAUAGAUUUGAAAUUUUUCCAGAUGUUUGUUAUUCUGAACUUAUACAUCUUGCUGAAAUUAAAGUUAAUGAUAACUUAAUUAAAGAGAUUCCUGCCAAUAUUAGCCUUCUACCAUCUCUCAAACUACUGGAUAUUGGUAAUAAUCAAAUUUCAGUUGUUCCUGGAGAAAUUGCAGAUUGCAUUAAAUUAAAAGAUCUUAACUUGAAAGGAAAUAAACUCUCAGACAAAAGGUUGUAUAAACUUGUAGAUCAAUGCAGAACAAAACAAGUUUUAGAUUACAUUCGUCAACAUUGUCCAAAAAUUGGAAGUUCAUCAGUUAAUUCUAACACUAAGUCAAAAAAAGGCAAGAAAAAUAGGAAAUCUUUUGAAAGUGACAAUGUUAAUGCUGAAAUUGAGCAGAGUGCCCACAAACUAUACAUUUUAAAGGUUUCUGACAGCAUUCCUGUAGUAAAGAUAUCAGAGGAUGUAAAGAAAGUUAGACCCCAUAUUCUUGCUUGCAUUGUUAAGAAUUUAAAAUUCACUGAAGAUUCUUUCAAAAAAUUUAUUCAACUCCAAACAAGACUUCAUGAAGGGAUUUGUGAUAAAAGAAAUGCUGCAACACUAGCCACUCAUGAUUUUGAUCUGUUUACCGUUGGUGAUUUGACAUAUACUGCCAAGCCUCCAAAUGAUAUUGAAAUCAAGCCACUUAUACGCAAUAAAAUAUUCACUGGUGCUGAACUAUUCCAACAAUUGCAAACAGAAGCUGAUAAUUUGCGCAAAGAGAAAAAACGUAACGUUUAUUCUGGAAUUCAUAAAUAUUUGUAUCUUUUAGAAGGCAAGCCACUCUAUCCCUGUUUGUUAGAUGCUAAGGAUCAAGUCAUAUCUUUUCCACCGAUCACAAACAGUGAUAUCACAAAAAUGUCAACUAAUACAAAAACAAUGUUUGUUGAAGUAACAAGUGCUCUUAAUCAACAAACGUGCAAGAAAGUUUUGGACGAAUUUUUAAAGGAAUUAAUCAUACAAGGUUUGGGCUGUGAAGCUCCAGAUGAAAGAAAUAAGUUUCACGAAUUACUUGUUGAACAAGUAAAAAUUGUUGAUCUUGAGGGUAACAUGAAAUCUGUUUACCCUUCAAGAACCGACCUAGUUUAUGAUGAUGAUAAUAUUAUUGUCGUAAGAGAAUAAUUUUGCAGUAUAAUGUAAUUAUUAAUGCAUAUAAACUUGUAAAAAAAUAGUCUUACGUGUGUACUUUGUUUGCUCAAUGUUACAUAAAACUUUUGUAAUAACUUUUAAAUUUAUUUCUAUAAUCAAUUUGAUUUACCUGUUACGGGACGAUCUUUUUAUAAAAAAAGUGUUUAUAGAUAAGAUUUUGUUUAGCGUUGCGCAGAACAAAAUCUUAUCGUAAAGCUGUAGAUUGAUGCAUUAUAUCUUUUAUGCUUCAAUCGUUUGCUUGAAUGGAAAUCAUAUAUGUAUGUAGAACAAAGCUAAUUUUAUAAUUAAAGUAGUAUUUUUCACAAGGCCACGAUAUUUGACACUUGAUAAUCCAAAAUUAGUUUUGUUAUUAUAAAAAGAUUGUUUAAAAUUAAUUGGAAACUACUAUGAGUUUAGAAUGAUUUAUCAAAAAAGCUUUAUUUGUUCUUAUACUUAAAGUUUAAGUUCAAAUAUUACACAAAUGAUUUAUUUAUUUUCAUAAUAAAAAAACAUUCGAACUUAAACUACGUUGUCUAAUUAUUUAAAUAAAUGUUACAAAGGACAUUUUUAAUUAUUUUCGAAAAAAUGGCGAAUUUUUGAAAAUUAUUUCAAUUUGUUCAUUACCUAUUGUGUAUCAAUAUUAGUACUCGUUCCUACAUUUAACAAAAAAAUAUUUUCAGAUUCGCGAAAUAUUUUUAUUGUACUUAUUUUCAUUAGUACACACGUAGCUAGAAUAAUAAAGAUUUAUCCUGAAUUUUGUUAUUGCAUAUUCAAAUUUUAUCUCCACCACUCUAGCGGCCGGCACAAUAUCAUCUCACACGAAC